AUGCCAGUCCAGCGCGCUGGGACGGACAAGCCGAGGAUUCAGGUGCAGUGGCGAUCUUGGCGCGGCGGCGGAGGCACCAUGCACGCGCGAGGCCGGCGCGGCGCGACUUCGGCACGGCGGCUGCAGCAAUCACGCGCGCGCGGCCGGCUCUGCGCGGCGGCGGCGGCGGCGGCACCACGCACGCGUGCUCUGCUCGAUGCGGCGGUGGCCGACUCUUCGCUCCCGGCCAGCUUUCGAAGGCUCCACGGCGGCGGCAGGGAGAGCCUCGCGGGAGCCAUCUCCGCCGCGCUCACCACGUCGACCACGGUCCACUCGGCGGAUGCCAUGACGUGCAGCGGCCACAUGCUCUGCUGCACCGCCACGCUCAGCACAACCUUGCUCGGCGUCCUCCUCGGACUCCUCCCCGUGUCACCAGCAUCCGGGGGUGGGGACCCGGAAUGGAAGCUCGCUGCCCUGACGCCGGCAAGCAGGUCAGGCAGUGUCUUGGGCCUCUGCUUCUACGGCUGGUGGUGCCGCUGCUCGGUCCCGCGCCCGUGGAACAACGCCGACCGGAGCUGCUGCUCUUAUUCUCGCCGUGCGGCGGCGCCAGAGGAGGCAUCGCAGUCCCGUGACCGCGAGCGCCAGCCGGCUGCAGAGCGGGGAUCUAGACGCUCGCGGUGGCCAGACGACAAGGCGGUCAAUGCCGCACAGGUGAGCUCCGCACCGGAGGACGCCGGAUCUCGCAUGGAGGAGCCACACCGAAGGACGCCGGAUCUCGCACGAAGCGGGUGCGCCAGCAACUUCUUCGGAGGCCAUGGCGGUGGUGUGAACCGCACGUGCGCCGCACCAGCUUGGCUGCAGUGGCGGGGGCUUGGCAUCGGCGGCGAACGCGCACGACGUGCGGACGGACCGGCUGUGGGAGGUGAGAACAUGGAGACGGCCGGGAGUUCGAAAAACCACCCCCAUGCUCCCUUCCCGCCAUCUCCGCGCCGCGCGCGGCAGCGAAGCCACAGGCGGCCGGCCGCCCCUGCCGACGCCUGCAUUAACGGCAAGCCUGAUGCGGAGGUGAUCCGGCGCAACAAGGCCAUCACGGCGCACAUGCGUGCGGGCCGCGUUCCAGACGCCGAGCGCCUCUUCGCCGCGAUGCCCCGCCGCUCCACCUCCACCUACAACGCCAUGCUCGCCGGGUACGCCGCCAACGGACGCCUCCCGCUGGCGCUCUCCUUCUUCCGCUCCAUUCCGCGGCCCGAUUCCUUCUCCUACAAUACGCUCCUGCACGCACUGGGGGUGUCAUCAUCACUCGCCGACGCGCGCGCCCUGUUCGACGAAAUGCCUGUGAAGGAUUCCGUAUCCUACAACGUCAUGAUCUCGUCCCACGCCAACCAUGGUCUGGUCUCGCUUGCACGGCACUACUUUGACCUCGCCCCAGAGAAGGAUGCUGUCUCGUGGAAUGGCAUGCUUGCUGCCUAUAUCCGGAACGGACAGAUCCAAGAGGCAAGGGAGAUGUUUGAUUCAAGGACAGAGUGGGAUGCCAUUUCUUGGAAUGCUUUGAUGGCUGGAUAUGUGCAGUGCAGUCAGAUAGAAGAAGCUCAGAAAAUAUUUAAUAGAAUGCCACAUAGAGAUGUAGUUUCCUGGAAUACUAUGGUGUCUGGUUAUGCGAGGAGAGGAGGUAUGGCUGAGGCAAGAAGGUUGUUUGAUGUGGCUCCAAUUAGAGAUGUGUUCACCUGGACAGCUGUUGUCUCUGGAUACGCACAAAAUGGGAUGCUCGAAGAGGCCAAGAGGGUGUUUGAUGCCAUGCCAGAGAAGAAUGCUGUGUCGUGGAAUGCAAUGAUGGCAGCAUAUGUCCAGCGGAGGAUGAUGGAGGAGGCAAAGGAGUUGUUUGAUGCUAUGCCCUGCAGGAAUGUGGCUUCGUGGAACACAAUGUUGACGGGGUACGCUCAGGCUGGGAUGCUGGACGAGGCGAGGGCAAUUUUUGGCAUGAUGCCACAGAAGGAUGCAGUCUCAUGGGCUGCAAUGCUGGCUGCAUAUUCACAAGGUGGCUUCAGUGAGGAAACACUGCAAUUGUUCAAAGAGAUGGGACGUUGUGGUGAGUGGGUGAAUAGGUCAGCAUUUGCUUGUGUUUUGAGCACAUGUGCUGACAUUGCUGCACUUGAGUGUGGAAUGCAGCUGCAUAGUAGGUUGAUUAAGGCUGGUUAUGGGGUGGGCUGCUUUGUUGGUAAUGCACUCUUAGCUAUGUACUUCAAAUGCGGGAACAUGGAGGAAGCUCACAGUGCAUUUGAAGAGAUGGAGGAGAGGGAUAUUGUUUCGUGGAAUACUAUGAUUGCAGGCUAUGCACGACAUGGUUUUGGCAAGGAAGCACUUGAGGUUUUUAAUGCGAUGAGGAAGACAUCUACCAAGCCAGAUGAUAUUACUUUGGUUGGAGUACUUUCAGCAUGUAGUCAUUCUGGCUUGGUUGAGAAAGGGAUUUCAUACUUCUAUUUGAUGCACAGGGAUUUUGGUGUGACAGCAAAACCUGAACACUACACUUGUAUGAUAGAUCUUCUUGGCCGGGCUGGGCGAUUGGAUGAAGCAGUUAAUCUUAUGAAGGACAUGCCUUUUGAGCCUGACUCUACCAUGUGGGGUGCAUUACUUGGUGCCAGUAGGAUCCACCGCAACUCUGAACUAGGCAGGAAUGCAGCUGAGAAAAUAUUUGAGUUGGAACCUGAAAAUGCAGGCAUGUAUGUCUUGCUUUCGAAUAUAUAUGCAUCAUCUGGCAAAUGGCGUGAUGUGGACAAGAUGAGACUUAUGAUGCAUGACCGCGGUGUGAAGAAGGUUCCAGGAUUCAGUUGGAUUGAGGUGCAGAACAAAGUCCACACUUUCUCAGUGGGUGAUUCUGUGCAUCCUGAAAGAGAAGACAUAUAUGCUUUCCUAGAAGACCUUGACAUCAGGAUGAAAAAGGCUGGAUAUGUAUCAGCUACAGAUAUGGUUUUGCAUGAUGUGGAGGAGGAAGAGAAGGAGCACAUGCUAAAGUAUCAUAGCGAGAAGCUUGCUGUUGCUUAUGGUAUUCUAAAAAUUCCUCCUGGGAGGCCCAUCCGGGUGAUAAAGAACUUGAGAGUAUGCAGAGACUGUCACACCGCUUUCAAGUAUAUCUCUGCUAUUGAAGGCAGACUGAUCAUAUUGCGGGAUUCCAACCGGUUUCACCAUUUUAGAGAUGGUUCUUGUUCAUGCGGUGAUUACUGGUGA